AGCAGGAAGAGGCGGGCUUCGCCGGCCACAGUCCCCGCCCGCUGCAGGCGCCAGUCGCAUUCCUGAGGGCGCGCGGGCUUCUUGGCUGCGGCAAGUCCCCAAGGUCCGGGUUGGUGCCGGAGCCGGAGCCGGAUCCCGCGCACAUGGCCACGUCAACCUAAACCUACACCGCCCUCUCUACCCUGCCGCCAAGGUCUCUGGCCCGCAACGGGUUUCCCAGGCAGCGUCCUCCACGCCUUUCCCACAAUGCUCCGCGCCAGGCUCCGCCCCGGCUCGCUGUGGAGACCGGCGCGUGAGGAGCCGACCGGUGCCGGCCGCGCGCUGGUAGUCGCCGGUGUGGCUGGACCUUCCCCAAACCGUGCGCGGCGACCGGGCAGUCGGAGAGUGCGUGUGUUACUCUCCCGCACGCUGUGGUUGCGCUCGGCCAGGCGGGGACGGCCGCCAGGGUUUGAGGAUGGCAGAGUAGCUACAGGAAGCGACCCCGCGCUGGCAAGGCAUAUUUUUGUGGACUGAAAAGGACAUAUUAGAAAUGACCUGAAGACCGUUCACAGAUUAACAUUUUUGGGAACAAAUUUGUGAUGCUUGAUUCACCCUUGAAGUUAUGUGGACAGAAGUUCUCAAAUUUGCAUAUUACAUCAACUGGAACCAGCAGUGAAUCUUAAUGUUCACUUAAAUCAGAACUUGCAUAAGAAAGAGAAUGGGAGUCUGGUUAAAUCAAGAUGACUAUAUCAGAGACUUGAAAAGGAUCAUUCUCUGUUUUCUGAUAGUGUAUAUGGCCCUUUUAGUGGGCACAGAUCAGGAUUUUUACAGUUUGCUUGGAGUAUCCAAAACUGCAAGCAGUAGAGAAAUAAGACAAGCUUUCAAGAAGUUGGCAUUAAAGUUGCAUCCUGAUAAAAACCCGAAUAACCCCAAUGCACAUGGUGAUUUUUUAAAAAUAAAUAGAGCAUAUGAAGUACUCAAAGAUGAAGAUCUACGGAAAAAGUAUGACAAAUAUGGAGAAAAGGGACUUGAGGAUAAUCAAGGUGGCCAGUAUGAAAGCUGGAACUAUUAUCGUUAUGAUUUUGGUAUUUAUGAUGAUGAUCCUGAAAUCAUAACACUGGAAAGAAGAGAAUUUGAUGCUGCUGUUAAUUCUGGAGAACUAUGGUUUGUAAACUUUUAUUCUCCAGGCUGUUCACACUGCCAUGAUUUAGCUCCCACAUGGAGAGACUUUGCUAAAGAAGUGGAUGGAUUACUUCGAAUUGGAGCUGUUAACUGUGGUGAUGAUAGAAUGCUUUGCCGAAUGAAAGGCGUCAACAGCUAUCCCAGCCUCUUUAUUUUUCAGUCUGGAAUGGCCCCAGUGAAAUAUCAUGGAGACAGAUCAAAGGAGAGUUUAGUGAGUUUUGCAAUGCAGCAUGUUAGAAGUACAGUGACAGAACUUUGGACAGGAAAUUUUGUUAACUCCAUACAAACUGCUUUUGCUGCUGGUAUUGGCUGGCUGAUCACAUUUUGUUCGAAAGGUGGAGAUUGUUUGACUUCACAGACACGACUCAGGCUUAGUGGCAUGUUGGAUGGUCUUGUUAAUGUAGGAUGGAUGGACUGUGCCACCCAGGAUAACCUUUGUAAAAGCUUGGAUAUUACAACAAGUACUACUGCUUAUUUUCCUCCUGGAGCCACUUUAAAUAACAAAGAGAAAAGCAGUAUUUUGUUUCUUAACUCAUUGGAUGCUAAAGAAAUAUAUUUGGAAGUAAUACGUAGUCUUCCAGAUUUUGAACUACUUUCGGCAAACACACUAGAGGAUCGUUUGGCUCAUCAUCGGUGGCUCUUAUUUUUUCAAUUUGGAAAAAAUGAAAAUUCAAAUGAUCCUGAGUUGAAAAAACUAAAAACUCUGCUUAAAAAUGAUCAUAUUCAAGUUGGCAGGUUUGACUGUUCCUCUGCACCAGACAUCUGUAGUAAUCUGUAUGUUUUUCAGCCAUCUCUAGCAGUGUUUAAAGGACAAGGAACCAAAGAAUAUGAAAUUCAUCAUGGAAAGAAGAUUCUAUAUGAUAUACUUGCCUUUGCCAAAGAAAGUGUGAAUUCUCAUGUUACCACACUUGGACCUCAAAAUUUUCCUGCCAAUGACAAAGAACCAUGGCUUGUUGAUUUCUUUGCCCCUUGGUGUCCACCAUGUCGAGCUUUACUACCAGAGUUACGAAGAGCAUCAAAUCUUCUUUAUGGUCAGCUUAAGUUUGGUACACUAGAUUGUACAGUUCAUGAGGGACUCUGUAACAUGUAUAACAUUCAGGCUUAUCCAACAACAGUGGUAUUCAACCAGUCCAACAUUCAUGAGUAUGAAGGACAUCACUCUGCUGAACAGAUCUUGGAGUUCAUAGAGGAUCUUAUGAAUCCUUCAGUGAUCUCCCUUACACCCACCACUUUCAACGAACUAGUUACACAAAGAAAACACAACGAGGUCUGGAUGGUUGAUUUCUAUUCUCCGUGGUGUCAUCCAUGUCAAGUCUUAAUGCCAGAAUGGAAAAGAAUGGCCCGGGCAUUAACUGGACUGAUCAAUGUGGGCAGUAUAGAUUGCCAACAGUAUCAUUCUUUUUGUGCCCAGGAAAAUGUUCAAAGAUACCCUGAGAUAAGAUUUUAUCCCCCAAAGUCAAAUAGAGCUUAUCAAUAUCACAGUUACAAUGGUUGGAAUAGGGAUGCUUAUUCCCUGAGAGUCUGGGGUCUAGGAUUUUUACCUCAAGUAUCCACAGAUCUAACACCCCAGACUUUCAGUGAAAAAGUUCUACAGGGGAAAAAUCACUGGGUGGUUGAUUUCUAUGCUCCUUGGUGUGGACCUUGCCAGAAUUUUGCUCCAGAGUUUGAGCUCUUGGCUAGGAUGAUUAAAGGAAAAGUGAAAGCUGGAAAAGUAGACUGUCAGGCUUAUGCUCAGACAUGCCAGAAAGCUGGUAUUAGAGCCUAUCCAACUGUUAAAUUUUAUUUCUAUGAAAGAGCAAAGAGAAAUUUUCGAGAAGAGCAAAUAAAUACCAGAGAUGCAAAAGCAAUCGCUGCCUUAAUAAAGGAAAAAUUGGAAACUCUCCAAAAUGAAGGCAAGAGGAGUAAGGAUGAACUUUGAUGAUAUUGAAGAUGAAGAAAAAAUUUAAAAGAAAUUCUGACAAAUGACAUCAGAAGACACCUAUUUAGAAUGUUACAUUUAUGAUGGGAAUAAAUGAACAGUAUCUUGGACUUGGAAUUGUACUGCCAGAAUUACCUACAGCACUAGUGUAAAAAAAAAAAAAGGGUCUGCAAACUUUUUCUGUAAAGGGCCAGAUUAUAAGUAUUUUAGACUUUGCAGGCUAUAAUAUAUACAUGAGAACAAGAAUUGAGUCAUCAUUUAUUCUGUUAUUUUUUUUUAACAGCUCUUUAAAAAAUAUUAAAACCAUUCUAAGCUCAGAGCCACACAAAAGUAGGCCAGAUUCAGUCCAUUGACCAUAGAUUGCCUUCUUUCACUAUGCGCUCAUGAUGUUUCAUGUGGCUGGCUGGAACAUGAGUCUGCUGUGCUAUUAUCUACUUAAAUGUCUACAUUGUAUAAAGUACACUUUCACUUCCCAUUUUUUUGGCUGGCCUGAAAAGAGGUAAUGGUUUUUGGUCACUUGUUCUCCUAAAAAUGCUAUCUCUGAGCAUAUGUUUAUAUUUUGUUUUAAAAACAUUCAUGAUGUGGCAAAGUAAACAUACCCUGUAUAUGCUAUAUUAUGAUGAAGAGAUUGUUCAUUGUUUUGUUUUCUUCUUAAAGGUUGAAAAAAUGCUUUUAAUUUUUCACAGCUGGGAAACAGUGCAACAGUAUAUGCACACACAGUAAGUAUACAAAUUUGAGCAACAGUCAGUGCUCAAAUUCUGUAGCUUGCCAUAUCAUCCAGGAAAAGCUGAGGGAAAAAAAUUAUAGCAAUUACUGGGCAUUGUAGAGUAUCCUAAAUAUAUUAUCAAGUAUUUAGAGUUUUACAUUUCAAAGAUACAUGUGUUCAUGUAUUUUUCUGAAAUUGUUUUCAUAGAAAUUUUCCCACCGAUAAUUGAUUUUUGAGGCAUCUUUCUAAUAUUUACAUAUUUGCCUUUUGAACUUUGUUUUGACCUGUAUUCCUUUAUUUGUAUUGGUUUUUUUUUCCCCAUAGUUUUGGUUUUUCACUCCUGUCCAAUAUAUUUAUUAUUCAAAUAGGAAAAAUUAUUUCGCAGGUUUGUUUUAUUGUGGCUUAUGAUAGUGUAGUUAUUCCAGUUACUAGUUUACUGUCAGAGAGCUGCCUUUUUCAGAUAAAUAUUGACAUAAUAACUAAAGUUAUUUUUAUAAGAAAAUCAAGUAUAUAAAUCUGGGAAAGGGACUGUUUAUUUCUGUGUUGUUUAGACUCAAAGAAUCACAAAUUUGUCAGUAACAUGUAGCUGUUUAGUUAUAAUUCAGAGUGUGUAGAAUGGUAAAAAUUCAAUCAAUCAAAAGAGGACAGUGAAUUUAAAAACAUGCAGUUUUUUUCAAAAACCCGUUAGAAUAUGCUUUAUUGUGUUUGGAAGAGUUUUUUUUUUUUCUUUUCAAUAUCACUUUACCCUGCUCUCCAGUAUUUCCUCAUAAAAGUGAUUAUAGCCAUAAUUAAUAUUAAAAUAGAGUUUGUUCUUCAUA